AUGAAAUUCGCAACCGGGAUUGCGGCGGCAACAGUGGCGCUGGCUGCUCUCUCGUCGGUGGCAGCAGCCGAGAGCAAGUUGCCUGACAAGUUGCAGGUGGGCGUCAAGUAUCGGCCCGAAGUCUGCGAUGACAAGACCCAGGCUGGAGAUCUGUUGGCUAUGCACUACACCGGAACACUCGCUGACGGCAAGAAAUUCGAUUCGUCGCUCGACCGAGGUCAACCUUUCGAAUUCACUUUGGGAGUGGGCCAAGUGAUCAAAGGCUGGGACAAAGGUCUGCGCGACAUGUGCGUCGGCGAGAAGCGCAAACUCAAGAUCCCCCCCAGCGACGGCUACGGCGAACGUGGCGCUGGCGGCACCAUCCCCCCCAACGCUCACCUCAUUUUCGAAGUCGAACUGCUCGAGAUCAAAGGCCCGCGCGCUGCCGCUCGCAAAUCUGCACACGGCGAACUCUAG